AUUGAGAGAUAUGUGAAGGACAGUCUGAAUGUGGAGAUGGCUCAGCUACAGCAGAGUGCUGUCCACAACCACACAGCUGCCAUCUUGGAUCUAGGCACCAACCUCCUGACCCAGACUGCCCAGCACACACGGAAACUGACAGACGUAGAGAUCCAGGUGUUGAAUCAGACCUCCAGGCUGGAGAUUCAGCUCCUGGAGAACUCUCUGUCCACCAACAAACUGGAGACCAAGCUCCUCCACCAUUCUACAGAGAUCAGCAAGCUACACGACAAGAACAGGCUCUUGGAGCAGAAGAUGCAGGAGCUGGAGUCUGGGCACCAUGAGGAGCUGGUCACCUUACAGGAGGAGAGGUCCAGCCUGCAGCAGAUGGUAGCCAGACAGAACAGUGUGAUCACAGAGCUACAGACCCAUCUGGACCAGGCCACUGGCAACAACAGUAUCCUGCUUAGCCAACAACAGCAGCUCACUGACACCGUCAACAGUCUGCUGAAGCUCUGCUCUAUGGACAGAGGGUCUGGAGUGGUCCCAAACAGCAACCUUGCCUUUAAGCAGAGCGAUUCAUCUCAUGAGGAGAGAAAGUAUCGGGACUGCUCUGAAAUCUUUCAAGCUGGCUUCAACAACAGUGGAGUAUAUACUAUUCACAUCAACACACAGGAGACCAAAAAGGUUUACUGUAACAUGGAGGCAGCAGGGGGAGGAUGGUCCGUCAUUCAGAGGAGAAAAGACGGAACCAUGGACUUCCGGAGGACAUGGAAGGAGUACAAGAUGGGCUUUGGGAGUCUGUUUGGAGAACACUGGCUGGGGAAUGAGUUUGUGUUCCUGCUGACCAGUCAGAGGCCCUACAACCUGAGGGUGGAAGUGACCGACUGGGACGGACAGCAGGCCUUCUCCCACUAUGGCCGUUUCUACAUCGGCAGCGAGAAGCAGAAUUACAGGCUGUUCCUGAAGAGUCACAGUGGAACGGCAGGCAGACAGAGCAGCCUGGUCAUCAACGGAGCAGACUUCAGUACCGAGGAUAUGGACAACGACAACUGCAUCUGCAAAUGUGCUCUCAUGCUUACCGGGGGUUGGUGGUUCGAUGCCUGUGGACCAUCGAACCUGAACGGGAUGUACUACAGUCAUGGUCAGAACAUGGGUAAACUGAAUGGGAUCAGGUGGCACUACUUCAAAGGGUCUAGUUACUCUCUCCGUGCUACCACCAUGAUGAUACGACCAGCAGACUUCUGAGAGGAUCUUUUGGUGACUGUCGUUGGUCCCACCGAUUCUGACUGGGAGCCCCCACUGCCAAGGUGCCCAUCCCCCACUGAAGCUGGUUCAUCCAGCCGGACCCCUGCUGUCUCCGGCUCCACACCUACCCCCGUCCGGCCAGGUGUGAAGUCAGUGAAGUCAGUGACAAAGAAGCGGAGGUGGGGAAGAGAUAAACCUGCAAACAGAGAGGAAGAGGGUCAUUGGCACUCUGUGCUGGAGGAGGAUGUCGAGCCACUUCCUCCAACAUUUAGACCGAAAAGGCCACCAGGACCUCAGCUGGACAUGACCUCAAAGUACAGCCCAAUUCAACUUUUUCAGCUGUUUUUCACCUCAUCAGUUGUUGAUUCCCUGGUGUUGAACACUAAUAAGUAUGGUGCUAAGAAGCAGGCAGGCAAGAAAGAGGGAUGGAAGCUCAUUUCCAUGUCAGAUCUGUUUUGCUACCUGUCAAUGGUUAUUUACAUGGGUCUUGUGAAGCUGAAAACCCUGAAAGACUGACUACUGGAAAACUGCUCCCCUCUAUCAACUGCCUUUCCCCUCCACUGUCAUGUCAUGCAAAAGGUUUCUGACAAUCUCACGGGCGCUUUAUAUCAGUGACCCAGAAGUUGAUGAGGACAUCGAGAAGAAGCGAGGCACACCAAGGUUUGAUAGGUUUUAUUUUGUGGAGCCUCUCUACCACAGUGUGGUUGAGGCCUGCAAGACCUAUUUUCAGCCCGCCCAGAACCUUUCCAUCGAUGAGAGGAUGGUAGCCUCAAAGGCCAGAAUUGGCCUAAAACAAUACAUGCGUAACAAACCAACUAAAUGGGGUUACAAACUGUUUGCUUUGGCUGAUUCUGCAUGUGCAUACACGUGCAAUUUUUUUGUUUAUGAGGGGAAGAGCAGUUUUGCGACCGGUAAGGGACUCAGUUAUGAUUCCGUUAUGGAGUUAUUAGAUUUUCAACUGCUGGGAAGGGCUUCAAACUUUUUGUGGACAACUUCUACACAAGCCCUACCCUGUUCACAGACUUGAGGAAGCUGGAUGUGUGGGCUUGUGGCACCAUUCGGACCAACAGAGUGGGCUUUCCGAAAACCAAGGUGAAUGACAUGCCUAAGCGGGCUGAGCGGGAUACCAUGAGAUGGAUUCGCCAAGAUGGCCUGCUCUUUGUGAAGUGGAUGGAUACCAGAGAGGUGGUCAUGUGCAACACCAUCCACAAGUCCUUCAGUGGCGAUCACGUCGUCAGGCGUGUGAAGGAUGCAACUGGGGCAUGGACCACCAUACAUGUCCCCAUUCCUGCAGCUAUAAAGGAUUACAACAAGGGCGUGGGAGGUGUGGACCUGUCAGAUGCGCUGAUAGGUUACUACAAUGUUCUCCACAAGACAAUGAAAUGGUACAAUACAUUUUUCUAUCAUUUCAUCGACAUUGCUGUGGUGAAUGCCUUCAUCCUCCAGAAGAAAAUGGCUAAGAGCUGUGGACAGCCCCCCCAUCUCACAGCUAGCCUUCAGAGAGCUGCUCAUCCAGGAGCUUGCUUGCUACAGCAAGUCCACUGCAUCACCUUCUGUCCCCUCUACCUCUGUCCCUUCUACUGCUUCAACCAGUGGUGUUCACCUGCCCAAAUUCAUCUCUGCAGGCCUGAAUGUGCCUCAGGCCAAAAAGGGCACAGUAGGGAGGCGUCGGUGUGCACUUUGUCACAGGAAAUGCCCCAUCACCUGCACCACUUGUUCAGUAACCUUCUGCUUUACAGCAGAAAGAGACUGCUAUGGGGCAUGUCAUCAGCAGCACAAUAUUGUGUAGAGGACUGAGGGUCUUCACAAUAUUGUACAUUAUACAUUGAAUGUGUGUAAAUAGUUACCCUUGUUAUUUAAUUUUUUUAAAAAUUUUCGUUAUUUUUUAAUUAUUUGUAUUUUUUUUGGGGGGGUGUUAGAAUAGCAUUUUAGUAUUUUGUAUAUAGUUAUUUACAUCAAAAUGUAUCACUGUACCAAUUUGGCCACUUGGGUACAUUUGGGCAACUUGUGUGGGACACCUGGGUGACUACAUGCUCAAUGUCAUGUAGCGCACUCAUUCCUGAAGAUAUCUGUCUGAAACUUUUCUCAAAUACUUUUGCCCUCUCAUGUUCUGCAUCGAAAUUAUCCCCAGCAUCAUAUCUGAAUGUUUGGCUGUUCUUGUUCAGUUGAAAGAUGAUGCAACAACAAUAAAAAACAGAAAACAUA